UUGAUAUGGCACUGUUAAAGCCAUUCUUCCUUUUCAUACAUGUCGUUUUCCUGUUGUCCUUGCAUUAUUCUGGCUCUCCUCUUGUGGCCGGCUUUGUGCAAGGCGGGAACGAGACCGACCGUCUUGCCUUGCUUGCAUUCAAGGCUGCAGUAACUAGUGAUCCCUUCGGAGCUCUGAACUCGUGGAAUGAAUCCAUCCACUUUUGUCAAUGGAAUGGCGUGACAUGUGGCCGCCGCCACCAGAGGGUCAUCGUGUUGCGGCUUGAACAUCAGGAGCUCACUGGGUCUGUUUCCCCUCACGUUGGAAACUUGAGCUUUCUCAGGGAACUAUGGCUGCGUAAAAAUAGCUUCAGUCAUGAAAUUUCACCAGAACUCGGCCGCUUGCGAAGACUACGAAUAUUGACAAUGGUCAAUAAUUCGAUUACUGGUGAAAUUCCGUCCAAUAUAUCUAGUUGUUCUUACCUUGCUGCCCUUGAACUCUCUGGCAAUAAGCUGGCCGGAAAAAUUCCUUCGGAGCUCGGUUCUUUGACUAAGCUCGAGAGACUACUGAUUGAAAGAAACAACAUAACAGGAGGUCUGCCUUCUACUCUUGGGAAUCUAUCUUCUCUUACGAAUCUUACUGCUUAUAACAAUAGUAUUACUGGUAAUAUACCAGAAACUCUUGGUGGAUGCAAAAAAUUGGAAGUUCUCAGAUUAGGGGGGAACAAGCUGUUCGGUACCCUUCCUUUCUCAAUCUAUAAUCUAUCUUCUAUGAGAGACUUGCGAGUAUCGUAUAACCAAAUUGAAGGCAACCUUCCUUCAAACCCUGGAAUCACUCUUCCUAAUCUAAUACGCCUAGCUCUUAGCAACAAUUUGUUUACUGGUUACUUACCUAUUUCAAUAUCCAAUGCCACCAAACUACAUUACAUUAACCUGGCAAAAAAUAGAUUUGAAGGAAAAGUCCCUCCAUUAGAAAAGUUGUGUGAUCUUGAGUUAUUAGUGUUAAGUGAAAAUCAUCUUGGAAUAGGUGAAGUGGAUGACUUGAGCUUUCUAAACUCAUUGACAAAUGCUACCAAGUUUAGCGAUCUGGGACUGGGUGACAAUAACUUUGGAGGGGUGUUGCCUAAAUCAAUUAGCAACUUUUCCACUCGUCUUCGUAAACUAAGUUUGUAUGACAAUUACAUAGUCGGGAGCAUCCCCACAGGAAUAGGGAAUCUUGUCAAUUUGCAGAUUCUUGGUAUAGAAAACAACCAUUUAAGCGGUAACAUUCCUGUUGAUAUUGGGAAGCUUCGAAAGCUAGAGUAUUUGUAUCUCGAUGUUAACAAUUUCUAUGGGGAGAUUCCAUCAUGUCUUUCAAAUUUAACUUCUUUAAGCGAACUUACUUUGUCUAAAAAUAAUCUCCAAAGCAGCAUCCCUUCAAGUCUGGGGAAAUGUCAACGGAUGCAGGAACUAAAUCUGGGUCAUAAUAACCUAAGUGGUAUCAUACCCAAAGAAGUUAUCAGCAUUUCAUCUUUGUUGUCCCUAGAUCUAUCUUCCAACAAUUUGGCUGGCAACCUUCCAGCAGAAGUAGGAAAUCUAAAAAAUCUAGAAGAAUUUUAUGCUUCUGAGAACAAACUGUCCAGCGGAAUUCCAAGCACUCUCGGUAGCUGUGUCAAACUAAGAUUACUAUACCUUGAUGGCAACAAAUUAUGGGGAAACCUUCCUGCAACCUUAGCUAAUUUGAGAGGUGUGGAAGUAUUAAAUCUCUCUAACAACAAUUUCUCAGGACAAAUCCCAAAGUACUUGGAUGGAUUCAUCUUUUUAAACACAUUAGACUUGUCAUUCAAUGAUUUUGAGGGUGCAGUACCAGAAAGAGGUGUAUUUAAGAAUGCAAGUGCCAUUUUUGUUGAAGGAAACAACAAGCUCUGUGGGGGCGUAGCUGAAUUGCAGCUGCGCAGUUGCAACUCUAUAAAGGGUAGAAGGAAAGGAUUCACAAUUGGGAAAUUAAUACUCUCGGUAUCCUUUGGGCUUUUAGGACUACUUGUGAUGUUGGGUGUUCUGUAUCUUUGUUGGUCUAAGAAGACAACAAAAGUACCCUCAUUCCGAAUAGUAGGAAAUUCACUUCCGCAAUUGUCCUACCAAAGUCUGCUUAGAGCUACUGAUGGGUUCUCUCUAACCAACUUAAUUGGAGUGGGUAGUUUUGGUUCAGUUUAUAAAGGAAUUCUUGAUCAAAGUGGAAAAGUUGUUGCAGUGAAGGUUCUGAACCUUCAAUUCCGUGGUGCCUCAAAGAGUUUCAUAGCCGAGUGUAAAGCCAUGAAGACCAUCAAACAUCGAAAUCUCGUAGGAAUUCUUACAAUAUGUUCGAGUAUCGACUAUCAAGGUAAUGAUUUCAAAGCUCUGGUUUAUGAGUUCAUGGUCAAUGGGAGCCUACACGAGUGGUUGCAUCCAAAUGGGAAUGAAGAUGAUGUGCACGAGGAGCUAAGGAGUUUAAACCUGCUACAGAGGCUUCAUAUUGCAAUUGAUGUUGCUUCUGCUCUUGAUUAUCUCCACCAUCAUUGCUGGGAACCAAUAGUUCACUGUGAUUUGAAGCCGAGCAAUGUUCUUUUGGACAAUAAAAUGACUGCGCGUGUAGCUGAUUUUGGUUUAGCUAGGUUCCUUCUCAAAGCCACCAAUGAGUCUUCUGCAAAUCAAUCAAGUUCCAUUGGCAUGAGAGGAUCUGUUGGUUAUGCUCCUCCAGAGUAUGGCGUGGGAAAUGAGGUAUCAACGUCCGGAGAUGUGUAUAGCUAUGGCAUCCUUUUGUUGGAGAUGGUCACUGGGAAGAGACCGACCGAUAGCAUGUUUACCGGUAGUCUGACCCUCCACAACUUUGCUAAGACAGCCCUGCCUGAACCAGUGGACAACAUUUUCGACCAAACAUUGAUUCCACAAGAUCAAAUGGGGGAGGCAAGCACAAGUAUCAGCAACGUUCGGAAUCAUAGCUCUCUUAGCAGUCACAAAAUGCGAGAGUGCUUGAUUUCACUACUUCAAGUUGGAAUCGCCUGUUCACAAGAACAAGCAAUAGAUCGGCCGGACAUCAACAAGGUUCUCACUGGUUUGCAUAAGACAAAGAACAUUCUUCUUGGAACUGUGCUUAAGUAUGUAAGGGUUAACACAACUAUUCUACUUGACCUAGGUGGUCACUAUCUACGAUAUUUGAAAAAAAAGAAGAAGGUUUCUCAGUAUAGUACGCUUCUUUCCGUUAGGUGGUUUAUGGAACAAAGGGAAAGGAUACUGAGCAAGCUGUGCUACGGCGAAUGCAAUAUGUCCUUCGGGAUCAAGAAAUACACUCAGAAUCUGGGAUGCUCAUCUGUUUCAGAUUGGGAUUUCGAAAACAAACUCGGACGCUUGCGAAGACUAAAAAUAUUGACCGUAGCCAAUAAUUCAAUUACUGGUGAAAUUCCGUCCAGUAUAUCUGGUUGCUCUAACCUUGUUGCCCUUGAACUCUCUGGCAAUAAGCUGGCCGGGAAAAUUCCUUUGGAGCUCGGUUCUUUGAUUAAGCGCGAGAGAUUGUUCAUUGAAAGAAACAACGUAAGUGGAGGUCUCCCUUCUACUCUUGGGAAUCUAUCAUCUCUUACAUAUCUUUUUGCUCAUUCGAAUAGUAUUACUGGGAAUAUACCAGAUACUCUUGGUGGAUGUAAGAAAUUGGAAAUUCUCAGUUUAGGGGUGAACAAGUUGGUCGGUACCUUUUCUUUCUCAAUCUAUAAUCUCUCUUCUAUUAGAGAACUCUAUUUACCGUAUAACCAAAUCGAAGGCUGCCUUCCCUCAGACCUAGGAAUCACUCUUCUUAAUCUUCAACGCCUAGUUCUUGCUGAAAACUUGUUUACUGGUUAUAUUCCUAUUUCAGUAUCCAAUGCCACCAAAUUAUAUGGCCUUUACCUGGGAGGAAACAGCUUUAAAGGAAAAGUCCCUCUUUUAGAAAAGCUGCGUGAUCUUGAGAGGAUACAAUUAGCACAUAAUCAUCUAGGAACAGGGGAAGUGGAUGACCUGAGCUUUCUAAACUCAUUGACAAAUGCUACCAAGUUGCACGAUCUGAUUAUGGGCGACAAUAACUUUGGAGGAGUGUUGCCUGAAUCAAUUAGCAACUUUUCCACUCAUCUUAGUAGACUAGGUUUGUAUAAUAAUAAAAUAGGCGGGAGCAUCCCAACCGGGAUAGGGAAUCUUAUCAAUUUGGAGGGUCUUUCCAUAUCCAACAACCAUUUAAGCGGUAACCUUCCUGCUGAUAUUGGGAAGCUUCAAAAGCUACAGGUGUUGUCUCUGGGUGGUAACAAAUUCUACGGGGAGAUCCCAUCAUGUCUUGCAAAUUUAACUUCUUUAAGCCAACUUGUUUUGUCUCAAAAUAAUCUCCAAGGCAGUAUCCCUUCAAGUCUCGGGAAAUGUCAAUUAUUGCGGGUACUAUAUCUUUAUCAAAAUAACCUUAGUGGUAUCAUACCCAAAGAACUUAUCAGCAUCUCAUCGUUGUUGGCUCUAGAUCUAUCUAACAAUAAUUUGUCUGGUAAGCUUCCAAUAGAUAUAGGAAAUUUUAAAAAUCUAGAAGAAUUUGUUGCUUCUAAGAACACACUGUCCGAUAGAAUUCCAAGCACUCUCAGUAGCUGUCUAACAAUAAUUUCUCAGGACAAAUCUCAGAGUACUUGGAUGGUCAUCUUUUUAAACACAUUAGACUUGUCAUUCAAUGAUUUUGAGGGUGCAAUACCGGAAAAAGGUGUAUUUAAGAAUGCAACUGCCAUUUCUGUUGAAGGAAACAACAAGCUCUGUGGGGGCAUACCUAAAUUGCAGCUACGCAAUUGCAACUCUAAAAAGGGUAGAAGGAAAGGAUUCACUAUAAUUGGGAAACUAAUACUCUCGGUAUCAUUUGGGCUUCUAGGACUACUUGUGAUGUUGGUUGUUCUGUAUCUUUGUUGGUCUAGGAAGACAACAAAAGUACCCUCAUUCCGAAUAUUAGGAAACUCAUUUCCACAAUUGUCCUACCAAAGUCUGCAUAGAGCUACUGAUGGGUUCUCUCUAUCCAACUUAAUUGGAGUGGGCAGUUUUGGUUCAAUUUAUAAAGGAAUUCUUGAUCAAAGUGGAAAAGUUGUUGCAGUGAAGGUUCUAAACCUUCAAUUCCAUGGUGCCUCAAAGAGUUUCAUAGCUGAGUGUAAAGCCAUGAAGGGCAUCAAACAUAGAAAUCUUGUAAGAAUUCUUACAGCAUGUUCGAGUAUCGACUAUCAAGGUAACGAUUUCAAAGCUCUGGUGUAUGAGUUCAUGGUCAAUGGGAGCCUAGAGGAGUGGUUGCAUCGAAAUGGGAAUGGCGACGGUGUACACAAGGAGCUAAGGAGUUUAAACGUGCUACAAAGGAUUCAUAUUGCAAUCGAUGUUGCUUCUGCUCUUGAUUAUCUUCACCAUCAUUGCUGGGAUCCUAUAGUUCACUGUGACUUGAAGCCGAGCAAUAUUCUUCUGGACAAUGAAAUGACUGCACGUCUAGCUGAUUUUGGUUUUGCAAGAUUCCUUCUCAAAGCCACCCAUGAGUCCUCUGCAAAUCAAUCAAGCUCCAUUGGCAUGAGAGGGUCUGUGGGUUAUGCUGCUCCAGAGUAUGGCACGGGAAAUGAUGUGUCAACAUCUGGUGAUGUGUAUAGCUAUGGCAUCCUUCUGUUGGAGAUGGUCACUGGGAAGAGACCGACCGAUAGCAUGUUUACCGGUAGUCUUACUCUGCACAACUUUGCUAAGACAGCCCUGCCUGAACCAGUGGAGAGCAUUAUUGACCAAACAUUGAUUCCACAAGGACAAAUGGGGGAGGCAAGCACAAGUAUCAGCAGCGUUCGGAAUCAGAGCUCUCUUAGCAGUCACAAAAUUCACGUGUGCUUGAUUUCACUACUUCAAGUUGGAAUCACCUGUUCAGAAGAACAACCGACAGAUCGACCAGACAUCAAUCAGGUUGUCACUGAUUUGCAUAAUAUCAAGAACAUUCUUCUUGGAAGUGGAAUACAUGGAGGUAGAAGAUCUUGUAUUGCAGUGUGAUCAUGAGUAGGUUUCUGAGGUGUAGUUGGUGUUGAAGACACUUCUUGACGCUAUAGCUACGUGAUGCUUCAUAGUGCUUCUGCUGUUUGUUAUAGACUGUAAUUUUCAGUUCAGCUUCUUUAUCGUUUUUAGUUUGUCUCAGUUUGCAACUUCCUUGAAUAAAUGUACUUUAAUAAGACUAUGGCAUGCUAUGAUAAUCCUGUCUUAAGUCUUAUUAAUUCUGCCGUUUAAGUAGGCUAUGGAUUCCACGGUUUGCUCGUACCAUUCAGCAUCUGUUAUACCACUCUAAACAGUGUUUGUUAGGUGGUUAAUGGAACAGAGGGGAAGGAUAUGAGAAAGCUGUGA